AUGGUCAGUGCUUACAUUUACCUCAAGUCUUUUAUAACACUGUCAUCAACAAUACCCAAAUUGUAUUUCAAAGAAUCAGCAUUGGCGUCGCAUCUUCUCAAGCGAUGCAGACUGAUGAACCGUAAAUUUGAUCCGCCUUGGUAUCUAAGAAACGCGCAUGUGCAAACCAUCUUAUCAUUUAUUUUUCCACAAGCUUCAACUGAAUUUGACAGAGAAUAUCUACAGAUGCGUGAUCGAGGAGUCGUAGCGCUUGACUGGGUUCUUCAUGUGUCUGUUCAUAAGAGAAAGCGUUGUUCUGUGUUAAUAAUACUUCCGGGACUAACGGCUAAUGCGGUCAACGUUUCAAACCUAUGUGAUUUAGCUGCUCACAAAGGGUAUCGGACUGCUGUAUUUAAUCAAAGGGGAUUUGGAAAUUCAGUGUUAACUACUCCGAAGAUACUGAGCAACGGGGAUCCGCACGAUUUACGCCAAGUAGUUAAGUAUAUACAUGCUCGAUACCCGAAAGCGUUAGUUACAAUGGUAGGAUUAGGAACGGGUUGUUCGCUUUUACUAUCAUAUCUUGGAGAAUUCGGUUCAUCGGCUAACAUUUGCGCUGGAGUGUGUGUAUCGGCGUGCUUUGACAACCCAGGAAAGUUUUCCAAAGGCGUUCAAGGAAUAUACGACAUAUUAUAUUUGUUAUCAUUAAAAAAAACGUUAUGUGUACAUUCAAAUUCACUCUCAAAGUAUAUCGCUUUUAAUGAGUUGCUCAAAUGCUGGUCAUUUCGACAUUUUUAUGAGCUUGCGUUUUCAAAAUUAUAUAACUUCUCAAAUGUCGAUGACUUUUGGGACCGCAAUAAUCCAUUGAGAGAUGUCGACGAGAUAGCAGUUCCUUUAUUAUUUAUCAAUAGCCUAGAUGAUCCGUUUUAUUCCAAAAUAAGUAUUCCAUACGAUCUGUGCAAGUACUAUCCACAUUUUCUAAUGGUUUGUACAAAUAAAGGUGGACAUUGUGGAUUUAUUGACGACCCAUGUGAUGUAAGUUGGUCAGAUAAACUAGCACUGGAUUACUUAGAUACCGUAUUAGAGUUUACAAACAAGGGUCAUACUAUUAAUUAUGGAAAAUGUGGCGUUAGAUCUACGAUUUGA